CGGCGUGCCCCGGGGCGGUGCGGGCGCAGGUGCGCGUGCGCGGCGGGCAGCCGUUGGCUGAAGCUGCGGCUGCGCUGGUCGCGGUGCUGUGAGGUCUGCGGGCGCUGGCAAAUCGGGCCCAGGAUGUAGAGUUGGCUGUGCCUGACGGCGCGUCUGAGGCGGAGUUGGGUGGGGUAGAGAGUAGGGGGCGGUAGUUGGGGGUGGUGGGAGAAGGAGGAGGCGGUGAAUCACUUAUAAAUGGCGCCGAAGCAGGAUCCGAAGCCUAAAUUCCAGGAGGGUGAGCGAGUGCUAUGUUUUCAUGGGCCUCUUCUUUACGAAGCAAAGUGUGUAAAGGUUGCCAUAAAGGACAAACAAGUGAAAUACUUUAUACAUUACAGUGGUUGGAAUAAAAAAAGUGCUGUGAGGCCCAGGCGCUCUGAAAAAACUUUGAAGACACGUGAGGAUAUUGUAGCCCUUUUUCCUGUUCCUGAAGGAGCCCCCUCAGUACACCACCCCCUCCUGACCUCUAGCUGGGAUGAAUGGGUUCCAGAAAGCAGAGUACUCAAAUACGUGGACACCAAUCUGCAGAAACAGAGAGAACUUCAGAAGGCCAAUCAGGAGCAAUAUGCAGAGGGGAAGAUGAGAGGGGCUGUCCCAGGAAAGAAGACAUCUGGUCUGCAACAGAAAAAUGUUGAAGUGAAAACAAAAAAGAAUAAACAGAAAACACCUGGAAAUGGAGAUGGUGGCAGUACCAGUGAGACUCCUCAGCCUCCUCGGAAGAAAAGGGCCCGAGUAGAUCCUACUGUUGAAAAUGAGGAAACAUUCAUGAACAGAGUUGAAGUUAAAGUAAAGAUUCCUGAAGAACUAAAACCAUGGCUUGUUGAUGACUGGGACUUAAUUACCAGGCAAAAACAGCUGUUUUAUCUUCCUGCCAAGAAGAAUGUGGAUUCCAUUCUAGAGGAUUAUGCAAAUUACAAGAAAUCACGAGGAAACACAGAUAAUAAGGAGUAUGCUGUUAAUGAAGUUGUGGCAGGGAUAAAAGAAUACUUCAAUGUCAUGUUGGGCACUCAGCUACUUUACAAAUUUGAGAGACCACAGUAUGCUGAAAUCCUUGCAGAUCACCCUGAUGCACCCAUGUCCCAGGUUUAUGGAGCGCCACAUCUACUGAGAUUAUUUGUACGAAUUGGAGCAAUGUUGGCCUAUACACCUCUGGAUGAGAAGAGCCUUGCUUUAUUACUGAACUAUCUUCAUGAUUUCCUAAAGUACCUGGCAAAGAAUUCUGCCACUUUGUUUAGUGCCAGUGAUUAUGAAGUGGCUCCUCCUGAGUAUCAUCGGAAGGCUGUGUGAGACUGCUGACACUCAUAUUUGGAUCUCUGUAAACACAUUUUUGUUCUUAGUCCUUCUCUUGUACAAAUGAUGUACUUUGAAAAUGUUGGCAUAUAACAAAAUUGAUGUAUGUUUGUUUUCUGUUUGAUUUUAAACAGAGAAAAUAAAAGGGGUUAUAGCCCCUUUUUUCUUUUCUUUCUCUCUCUCUUUUUUCAUUUCAAAAUUGCUGCCAGUGUAUUCAGUGAUGGACAACGGAGAGACAUGCUGUAGAGUGUUUUAUUACCUAGCUGACAAAGCUGCUUUUGAAUGCUGGUGGUUCUAUUCCUUUGACACUACGCACUUUUAUAAUAUGUGUUAAUGCUAUAUGACAAAAUGCUCUGAUUCUUAGUGCCAAAGGUUCAUUUCAGUGUAUAUAACUGAACACACUCACCCAUUUGUGCUCUCUCUCUCUUUUUUUUUUUAAAUGGUGCUUAAAGAGCCCAUCCUUUGCAAGUCAUCUAUGUUGUUCCUUAGGCAUUUUAUCCUUGCUCAGAUUGUUGAAGAAUGGUGGCUUGUUUCAUGGUUUUUGUAUUUGUGUCUAAUGCACGUUUUAACAUGAUAGAUGCAAUGCCUUGUGUAGCUACAAUUUCUGGACAAGUUGAUCUUUUAGGAAUUGUUUUUCAGAUCCUCAAUAAAUUUUUUCUUUAAAAUUUCAAAGAGUAAUGUGCUUGUGUGGAUGCAUUACAAAACCGUUUUUGUGGCGUGUAUUCCUUCUUGUAUUUAGAGAGUGAUUUUUCAGGUGGGUGUUCAGUUUUCUGGUCUGGCCUUUAUGGGAUAAGAAACGUGGCUUCAGUACCUAGUUCUAAGCCAUAGCAGCUUUGGCAGUUUGCUGUCUUAAUUCUCAGCUAAGAAGCUAGAGGUUCACACAUUAUUUCUCUAUUUUCCCAAGACUUAACUAUUGGGGGCAUUAGGGGCAUUUUUACCUGUGUAACAGCUUGCUUUCUGUCAAUAAUUGUUUAUUUUAAGGUAUUUACCCUUAAAAAUGAGAUAAAAGCAGCAGUGUGCUACAAAAAUUUGUAAAGGGCAAUAUUUCUUUCCUUUGGUAGAGGUUCCAGAGUGGUCUGGACUUGGGUAGGGAUCAUAUUACUUACUGACAACAAAAAUGCAAAGCAUAGGUAAGUUCAGAUGGCAAGAGCUAUAGCAGUACAAAGGAGAGUGAGUUCAGAUGGGGGAUAAGCAAAUAAGCUCCAAGAGGCAGUAGAAUUUGCUGUGGGCAUUUGAAGGUGACCGUACCGAGCCAUAGUAGUUACUCUUCAGCCUCCUCAUUCUUUAUACUCACUCAUUCUGUGCUUUUUAUUUAUUUACCCUCCCCCUUUUGUCACAGGUAUACUUACUUAGUCUAACAGCUACAGAAUUUUGUUGCUUGGAACCUUCUAGCUGUUGCAUUUUAUUAGUUUACCUAGAGAUGAUUAAAUAUGCUCAUCGUCCCUUGAACAUUGGUGCUAUUUGUUUACAGAUAUGCUUUUACAGUCACUUCAUCUAAGAAAGAUUAAGGUGGUGGUGUCCUUUUUUUUUUUUUUUUUUCCUGUAUUCCAGUGC